UGCAUUCAGCAAUUAAUGCUGAGCCACUGUUCGGCACUUUGAGGGAAGGAUGUCAUCGGAUCCCCAAGAUAAAAGAAACUACAGUGUAGCUUUCACAGAGCCUGAAAAGGGAAGACAAGGAGGCAUGCCUGCAGCUUUUCCUAGACAGCCUCUAGCUGACUCCAUCAUGCUAUCAUCCAUGCUAUCAGAAUCAAAGGUGCCAAGUCAAAAUCAAGACUCUUGUGACAUUCCCAAAGUAAAUCAGGCUUAUGGGGCGACAGUUAGUUUACGGCCAUAUGACAUGAUAGGAGGAAGCCUCAGGAUGCCGCACAACAGGAAAGUGCUGAGACGCAGCAGCAGCAUCAUUGGAGGAUCUGCAGACAUUGAGAUGCUGGUUGAAAGUAAGGCAGGCACAGCCAGCUUGAAAAGCCUGGAUAUUACACAAAGAGAAGAAUCCAGAUCCGAGAAAAAGGUAGAACUCUCUCCGGGCAAAAAGCUGUCAAAAAGUUUCUCCCAGAGCUGUGUUUAUGUCAGCACUGAUAGGAAGGACAGUAAGAGGUGUUCGGGCACAGGCACCAGUCAGAAGCACUCCAAGCAGUGUCGAGCGUUGCCGUUGCGGAAGCUGGACACCAGCACCUGGAGGUGCCGUGGUCCCUUUAGCUACUGCUUCCUGAGCAGGGGAAAUGAUGACAAUGAUGAUGAAGAUGAUGGAGACAGCCAUCAGCUCUCGUGUCUCUUCGAACCGGAGAUCGCGUGUGAGCUCGCAGAACCAGCCAGUCAGUCUUUUUCUAGUGAAAAUGAUGAGAAAGACUUGGAGUCCCCAAAAGCUGCUGAGUUCCCACAAGACGAGGCAGUUAAUGAACAUGAGAAGAGCAGUGCUGACACUCAAGGUGGCCAAAUUGAUGUGAAUCUCAAUGAUGUGGCCUUUGAUGCACGAAUCACACAAAUAAAUGUGAUGAAAGAGAAGACGUAUGCAAUGCCUGAUGGAUUUAUUGCAGCACAAAAGGAUGCCAAUGAGUUACUCUCACUGGUCCGAGCAAGCAUGGGCAAGAGAGAAGAUUUACAUCCUGAAACAUAUGACCUUAAACUUUCUAAAUACAAACAACUGUUAUCUAUGGAAUCUAGACAGUUGGGAAGUGCCUGCAGGAAAAUGGCCAUGGCUGAUAAAAGCCCUGAGGAAAUGCUUUUAGCUAUGACUUCCAGCUUUCAAGUACUCUGUUGCUUAACAGAAGCCUGCAUGCGUUUAGUUAAAGUCAUGAACUCUGAAACUCAGCAGCAGGAAAUUAUAGCUAAGAUAGAUGAGGUUGUAAUAAACUACAUUUGUCUUCUGAAGGCUGCAGAAGCCGUGUCAGGCAAGACCUCCAGUGAUCCUAGCAUUAAACUCUUGGCUCGACAUUCAACUACCAUGGCCGCUAUUGUAAGCACACUAACACGUUCUCUUAAAAUGCUUUUAAACAAAUAAAAUACAAAAGUCACUUCAUAAUCUACCUUUGCAAAGCCAUACAUAAAAAAAACUUUUAUUUACUCUAUGUGUAUGAACUAAUGUAACAAAUCCAGCUCUCUCUGUAUAUUUUGUUAUUUUAUAUAAAAUAGGUAAGCGAUUAAAAACAAGAUAAAAUACUGAACACUGGCAACAGUGCUGACCAGAUCUGUCCUUCCGUUUAUACAAAAACAAAAGCCAAAAAAUCCCCUCUUCCCAUGACCAGAAAAACAAACGGAAAAAAUCCCGUGGAGGAGCAAAUUGACUUUUGGCUAUUUUUCAUAUAGUCAAACCUAUGGUUGUAUGAAGUGAACUUUUAAAGUCUGUUAUGUCAAUGAAGUUGUUUUCUGUUUCAUCCAAGUUUUCACUUGGAGAAUGCUCCAUAUUUAGAAAUGAAAAAUGAAAUCAUAAUGUACAUAACACAAUAUUUAAUGUUUUAAAAUUAUAAUUUUUAAGCAUUGAAAAUAGCAAAGAGACAUUUAAAAUCCAAGAGACUAUUAUAAGUUACUAGAGAAUAUAUAUAUAAUAAAUGACUCUUUUGUUCAUAUUGCCUGAAUUACCUGAUUCUUCUUUUCUAGAAAGUCUAUAUUAAAAAAAAAAAAAAAAAAAAAGUAUUGAAUAUGCCGACUUUAGAGGGUAUCUGAUGUAUUGAACAUUACAGUGUUGCAUUUCAGACAGUGAACGUAACUGUGGAAGACAUACUGAGGACAUAGGAACCAGAAUGGUGGUGGUCUCUGAAAUGAGAAUUUGAUGCCAUACUGAUCAGAUCAGAAUGUAUAGGGCAGAUCUGCCCUGGUAAAUGAGAGACACAACCGUCAGGAAAUUCCUUUGCUGUUUACUGUUUCAUCAUAAAUCUAUGGUGCAUCUGAACAACAUGAA